AUGAGUUUAAUUUGUGCAUUCAAACAAUUAUCAUUAAUCCUUCCAAUGCCGGCAGAUGCUUAUGUGCUAAACGAAAUUUCCAUGCAAUCUUGUAUUGAUAAAUAUGUUGAUGACUCAAUAUCCACGAACUCUGAUAUGGUAGAUGAAGCUAAGUUAGAUUGUCGAUGUAAAAAUGAAAAAUCUUGGAAAACCAAUCGUAUUUAUCAUCGUGCUUCACAAAAAUCUGCGAAGAUAAUUAAGCAUGGCCUUUCAUAUAUGAACAAACCGUUUGUAAUCAGUUCAACAGUACGAAUUGGACAUUGUUCGAAAUUACCCAAAUCUAACGAACUCGCACGCAAAUCAAAGAAUAAACAACGUCUUCUUCGACAACAAUUGGAAGAACAAGUUCAAGCAUUAGAAUCCAAACAGGAUGAUUUACUUUUGCAAGUCCAAGACUUAAGCUCAUACAAAUAUCAGCUUGAAGUCAAAUGCCGAGAAAAUAAUUCGACUUAUCGUUCGAGCUUUUGA